AGCAACCAGCGGCAGCCAGCCCAUGCCCGGACCAAUCUGGCCGACGCGUCUCCUGCACAGCACGCGAGCCCCUUGCGACCCCACAGCACGGUCUCGGACUUUUGCCGCCAAAAAGAAAAGAAAAAAAAGAAAAAAAAAUCUACAGGAGGUGACUGUCCCUCUUUGGCUCGCGAGUAAAAAACAAGACACACAGGCGCGACUUGCCAUCAACCAUCGCCUUUGAACAAAAAAAUCCUUCCAUCGCCCUUCACUCCUCCACCACUACCAAAAACAAAAAAAAAAAAAGCCAUCCCAUCAAGAGGAAAAGCAUGUCACACGUCCGAACUCAAGGGGGGCAACCGCGUAGCGGCCUUGCACCAACACGACAACCCCCGUCUUCAUCACUCCCCCUUCACCAACAACAACACCGCGCCCAUUACGAUCCCUUCUCCUCCACCACAAGACCACACCCCGCCGCCACUAACCCCUCCUCAGAAAGACUGCUCGCAUCACGUCCACCAGUGGACGGAAAACCGACAGCAUUCGGCGCUUCCAAGUUCUCCACUACAGGCGCGCUCCGUCAGCAACAACUAAUAUCAUCCAGGGCACCGCCAGGUUCAAGAUCCACAGCGGGAGCAGGCGCACCGCAAGUAAACGGAGAGACAAACAUGCAACAUGCAUAUUCAGGAGAUGCAGAUAUCCAAGCUCAGCUCCACUACCAGCAGCAGAUGUUGACCGAGCAUUUUGGGUUCUCGCCGUUAUCUUUUGUGGACGAUGUGAUCAACUCGGUCAACAAUAUGAUCUAUCAGGCGUCGAUGGCCCUGCAGGAAUUUGUCGAAGGACAAAUGGAGGAGCUCGUGGUCACAGAUCGGCUAAAGGUCAGGGAUUUCGAUAUCAAGGUCGAUACUGGCAAGUCCAUGCACAAGUUCGAAACGUUGCUGGAAGCUUCGGUUGAUAAGAAUUUCGACCGAUUCGAACUGUAUGCUCUGAAGAAUAUCUUUGGAGUGCCUGAGGACGUCGAUAUUGUCUUGCCGCAUUAUGAGGCCCUGGACUUUGGGAUCAGUGUCGAAAGGGAAGAACAACUGAACGAGCAGCUAGAGCUUCUUAGGCGGCAGCUCAUUGCAACCAAGGCGCUCAAUUUCAAGCUGAGGAAGCAACUUGAGAUUGAAGAGAAUCGACGGAGGCAGCUAGAAAAGUGUCGGGAGCAGAUUCGAUUCCUGAAGGACGUCGCCAAUGAAUACCCUGAUGUGACUCCUGUACCUCAAACGCUUAUCUUUGUCCGCGACAACAUUGAGACGCUGCACCGGCGCUUCGAAUCCCUCCACGAACGACUCUCACAGAACACCACCCGCGCCAACAGUUACAGCAGCAACGGCUCCUCCUCAACAGUUGCAGCCGCAGGAUCCGCACCACCGUCAACAGCAUCAAUAGCAUCCACUCCCUCAACCCCAUCGCCAUACCCGCCUCCAGAAACAGUGACACAGGUAUUGGCGGAUACGCUCGCAAGCAUGGAACCAGACAAGAGAAUGAUUUACAUCCGCUCCGUUGUGCGACGUCAGGUCCAGGAACAUCUGGCUUCGGACCCCUUUAUGUCGGCGGCUGUGGGCAGUUCGGGCGGAAGUAGUGGUGCAGGCACUAAUAUUCAGUUUCACGAACUAUUGACACCUUGAUGUCGAGAGAGGUUGU